CUGUGUCCGCCCUCACGCCCGAUUCUGAUGGCGAUGAAGAUAAAAAUUGUUUAAUGGCAAUGAGCGUAACGGAGCUGAUUUCAAUAUUACGAACUGCAUAUGGUACGGUGGAUUAUGAUCGCGUGGAGGAAGUUUUGAUCGAUAACGAAACCAAACUAAAGGCUGAGAUUGGGGUACUCAGGGAGAAAUUAGAAAUGGAGAGGUUACAGAGGAUGGAUGUCGAAGAGCAAUUGAAGAAAUAUAAGGAGCAAUUUGAGAAGGGAAAGAAAGCUGAAGAGACAUAUGAGAAGCUGUUGCAAGCGGUUAAGAAGAAAAAUGCCUUGGUUGAUGGAAAUGCUAUUACUGAGCUUGGGAAUAAGAACCGUAAAUUAGAGGAUGAAAAAGGCAAGGCUGAAUCUAAGAUGGAGUCGUGGAAGAGGAAGUGUGAGGAGUUGAAUGAACGUCUCUUGAUGCUGGAGAAAGGCGCCAAAUCAUCCACGAAUGGAUAUACUCAUGUUGAAAUUAGGGGAAACGCUGAGAUCUAUCUGGGGUUCGAAGAAACACUGAUCAAGCCAUAGACGAAAUGGUGCUGAAUGAAGUUGUUAUACGUGGCCGUGAGAGUGGAAAUCCCCUGCAAACUCCCCUCCUUCACAGAGAAAGACGGAGUUCGUAAAUUUAGCAUCAGGACACAACUGUUGAAAAGCUACCCGAAGAGGGGUCCUCUGAUGAAAUGGUUAUUGAUGGGCGAGGUGAUAUUUCAGCACAAGCCAUGGGAACUCCAGAACCCUCUGAACGAGUCUGUGGGAUGGGGUCGUGGCCCAUCCUAACCCAGAUGUUAGGUGAUUAUGUUUCACACUAUUUAACACCAUCAAAUGAGAAAGUAACUUCACUUGGUUAACAAGUAGAAGAUUUCAAGGCAUUGAAUUCAAUGCUUACGCAGCUCAUGAAGAAUCAAUCG